CUUUGCGACAGACCGGUCAAAAUUCUUGUUAAAUAUAUGAAAACAGUCCGAGUAGAAGUUAUGAUUGUUGAAGAAACUGAUUGGAACGUGACACAUCGACAUCACUCUAGCCGUGUUCAGCAUUUGGGUCCAGUGGUGCGUUGUGAACUGUAGGUGGCGCUGUCAAGCAAAUGGCUGUAGCCCAGAAUGCUGCACACCUUACCAGAAUACCAAACAUGGAUCCCAACUAUGAGCGUCCAAGGUCUGGGUUGGCUCGAGGUGUGCAGAUCACCCAGUUGGAGGAUUCUCGGACCAACCCAGAGCCGGUCAAUCUGGAGGAGUCCGAUUAUCUCCUGGAGCAGUACCUGUCUCCAACCAAGCUGCGCCUGCUGACCGGUGUGGACAACCUGGAGGAGGUGCACUCUCUGGAGAUGAAGGUGGACACCACAGAGACCAGCCUGGGCAACUUCGGGGGACUGCUGCCCAAUCUCCGCCAACUCAAGCUGUCUGACAGUAUCAUCUCAGGAAUCAGGGACAUUGGGUCCUCUCUACGAGGUCUGCGGGUCUUGUGGAUGUGUCGGUGCGGGUUAAGCGAGCUGGACGGAGUAGCCUCCUUAACCAGUCUUAAGGAACUCUACCUUUCGUACAAUGAUAUAUCCGACAUCAGCCCCAUCAGCAUGAUCGACACGUUAGAGAUCCUGGACCUGGAGGGAAACUACAUUAAUGACGUCAGCCAGAUCCAGUACCUAGCCAUGUGUCAGAGUCUAAAGAGUCUUUCCUUGGAGGGCAAUCCAGUCUGUCUCAUGCCCCAUCCAGAAUCUCAGCAGACAAACUAUAACUACAGGGAGUAUGUGAAGAAAGUCUUGCCUAACCUACAAGUUCUGGACGAGGAGCCACUGCUGGACGGGUCAGCUACUGACCGUAAGCCCAAUGCCUUUGAGGAUGACUGGGCUUACCUGGAGGAACUGCAGAGAGAUGCCUUGUUGAUGGAGUCCCUCAUUGACACUGUAAACAUUGGUACAGAGACAGGUUCCCGCCCUGGCACAGCAGCACUUCGUCCAGCUACAGCCUACCGGCCUGGUACAUCCCUCAGGAGGCCGACCACAAGCUUCCGUCCAACAAGUGGUCGUGCUUCAUCAGUUGCUACCCGACCUGUAUCAGCCCGUCCAGCCACCAGCGCCAGGCCAACCACCAGCGCCAGGCCAACCACGGCCAGACCAGGUUCUAGUGAAUCUGUGGAGGUGGAUGCUACAAGUGACCUUACCCUUGGGAAUGUCAUCUGUGGGAACCCUUCCCGAGCACUUAAGAACAGGAGGAAAGUUCGGAGGUCAUCUGAGGAGGAGCUGGAGAAAGGACAAGCAGAGGCUGAUACGGAGUCUGGUCACCACAUAGCCUUAGCGGAGUCGCGAAUCACCUCCAUCUCUACUGAUGACAGUGUGCUGGAUCCAUCAACCAGACAGGAGAUCUCAGAGUGGCGCGUUGAACAUGAUAGACGUAUGGCAGAAUUAGAAAAGGAGAGAGCCCCUCAGGUUCUGGUGGUGGAUCAGAUGGAGCCGACAGAUGGGCUUACGGACAGCUCUCUUACUGACAGCGAUGAAGAUGAUGAUGAAGAUUUAGCUCCUCACAGUGUUUUAGGAGCACAUGGUGGAAGUGAAAAUGGUGUGAUAUACUCACAAACUAAGUUCCGAGCUCCUAAUCUGGGGCUGAAGCAUGAUGAGUCAUUUGAAGCAGACGAAGAGGAGGAAGUUGUGACAAGGUCACAUCGAAGGUCACCCAGCCCUAGUCUCAGGUUACAAUCACGACGAAGCCAAAGUCCAGUUCCGGCUGCCCUUAUGACGAACGGCAGACAACUGCCCACUCCACCUCUACCAGGCAAUAUGGCAGCAAGGAGGGGUGAGACGGGGGUAGUGACAACAGCUACAGGGUUACCUCCCCCUGUCAUACGAACAAUGUCUAACCCUGGUGGGAGUCCUUCACCCCCAACCUCGGGGGGUAAUGUAGCGCGGCCAGGAAUCCCCCACCCCCGCAUUCGGCGGCAGCUCCCCGAGGUUCCAAGUCUACCCUCCAGGCCACCAGUACCAAGGUCCUAGCAGGAACUCUGAACUAACCAACAGACAAUUCCAGGAGGUGUGUGAUCAAAAAUAAAUGUGUGCAGUGUCUCAAGGAUUAGCACUUCAUCAGACAUUGCUGAUGUAAUCGUCCUUGCCUCAGACCAGUGUUCAAAACUCAGGUGAAAAAAUCAUAUUGGCGAGCCAACUUCAAAAGCAGAGUAGCAAAGACGAGUCAGUACUGAUGAAGUUUCUCAGUGAUUCAUGGUAGUGGGUUGUCCUGUGAACACUGCAGAGAUUUAUGUGUAGUGAUGAGUGUCGUCAGAGUGAUGAAGUGAUGGGAAGUCUGUUGUGAGGAGGUUGACAAGCUCCAAAUAAUGACAUCCUUCUGUGAUACAAACAUACAGUGAUUAACAUGGGACUCGACUUGAGUAUUCACACCUGUCGGGAGCAUCAUGUUUCGCAUCUGCUGAAUUGUUCAGAGUAAUCUGUCUUUUUUUAUAUCAUGUGUUGUUAUUGGAGUAUACAAUACAGUAAAACCCUUUUAAUCCAAACGGUGAGGUUCUAAUAAACAGAAAUGGAGCAGCUCUUCUGCUAACAAAUCCUGGGAAUUGAGUUGUUCCCUUGUAUAUAUCUUCCAUACAGUAGCCUCCAUAAGGUGGAGUGUCCAGAUUAACAGGGUUUGAAUUAAUUGGGUUUCUCUGUCUACAGUAUUGUGUUUCUCCAGACUAGUGUGUGGAAUGUCCUAUGUUAAGUGUUUUCCAGUCAUCCCUGAAUCCAUCAGUCAUCAGUCCACCGUCCAGCAUUAUUGUUAGUCUCCCAGUCUCACUGUGUCCUUAUGUGUCUUCAACUGGAUUUAGCAUGGAAUAUGACUGGUAUUCACAAGAUAAUAUGAUUUACAUGAGUCAUUAGAUGGUGUCUUCAGCGGUAAGUUCACAGACACCCCUCAGUCAAAACAAAAUGAAUUUGUUAUCAUUUCAAAGAGUAAAGAUUUUGGUACGAUUAUUCUUAGGCUAGUCAGGGUUGUGUAGCCCAGUUAUCCUAGAUCCUUAUCAGGCAGCUAUUCUAUAAUCUUGUGUUCCGAUUCUGAAAGUCAUUCACGAUUAUCAUUUCAGGUUUGUCCGAAAAUAGCUUCCUCGGAAAUAUCACCCAAGAGGUAAACGUCUACGAUGGUGUUUGUUUUGAGUUGCUACUUCUUCCCUAAACCUGUGUGAAGCCCAUUUCUGGUGUCCCCUGCCGUCAUAUUGUUGGAAUAUUGCUAAAAGCGGCAUGAAACUAUACUCACGCGCUCACUCUUCCCUAAACCACAGUUCUUGAUCGGAGUGAAAAUGAAGCUAUAUACUACAACACUCUUUUCCAAAGACUUCUCCACACUAAUGCUAUAAGAUAUUGUCCAUUGAUGAAAUCAAGAAAAUAAGGAGAUUCAGUUCAAGGGUGUACUUGCCUUGCCAUGUUUGACUUCCAGUAAUGGUGUUUGAUCGGCAUUCUAGAAGUUGGUGGGUCAAUAAUGAAGCAUACGACUUUAUGGUCAACUUCUUGUAUACUGCAUAGAGCUACGUUUUUGUGCAGAUUCUGACACCAUUAUCAAGCUAAGAGUGAUAUGUUUAAAAUAUUGUUUAAAUAAUCAUUUAAAAUAGGGUUAUUUCAGUGGAUCUGUCUCCCCACAUGGGUACAAUGUGUGAAGUCCAUUUCUUUGUGUCCCCCUGCCGUGAUAUUGCUGGAAUAUUGCCAAAAGCCAACUCACUCACUCACUCAGUGGAUCUUUUAAGAAAUAAUGUGUAAUAGUGAACUGUUUUACAAACUCACUAGCUUCUAUGAUAGUUCCAUUGCAGUGUUUUAGAACACAUUUCAGGAGUUAUCCAGAUAUAAAAACUGAUGCUGUCAAUCCUGAGUGGCGGUCUAUAUAAGAACCCUUGCCUUUGUCAAGGUAUUGAUUUGUAUAUCUGGUUUACUCUUUCUUUUACUCAACUGCUGUAAAACACGAUUGAGCUAAUCAAUUUUGCAUGAUAGCUGAUGAUGUUGGAUAUUGUUGGCUGAUGAAAACAGAUAGCAUCAGACAUAAGAUACUGACUGCCAUGAUACACUUUACAGCUCAUUAAAUUUAUCACCAAGUCAUGGCCAGUUAGUGACAUCUUACAGCCAUCCUCCAGGGACACAUGCAGGCAGGCAGGAUUAGCAGGAAUACCUUCUUCAAGGAAUGUAUGCGGUUCCUGCUGAGAAGAGCUGAAAGACUCUUUGUACAAUAUGAAGGAAUGUAGGGGUAACUAAUACCUUCAUUUGUAAUUCUAUGUGAUAUAUAGGAUUCCAUGUGGACUUCUGAGGCUAGAAGUGGUCGUCAAACAGGUUCAAUGGGUUGGUUGUUCUGUGUCCUCGUUCAGCAUGCCUUACAAUAGUAAUUACUAGGGCUGGGACAGGUAACACGGAUACCUGGGACGGGUGGGUAAUGAGUUGG